AUGACACUGCUUCCCCGGCUGGCUGCCACAGCCCUCUCUCUGUGGUUUCUCGCUGUGUUAUGCUGCCCCGGCCGCGCUACAUUUCUCUCCCAGUCGCAUUCGCUCUUCCUGGAUGCCUUCGAGGUGAUUGAUAUCCACGACACGCGCUUGGGGGGGCUGCACGAGUCGGCGCACAUGUGCCCAUGGAUUCUGGUCGCCUACUCAGGUGGUUGCGGGCACUGCCGCCUUUCUGCCCCAGACAUCUCCCGCCUCGCGAAAGAGACGACCGAAGACAGCGGAGAUGUCCUGAACGAAGUCACAGUGGCAGCUCUCAACUGCGAGACAAGCACGGAAGAGUGCCGCCGCCUCCAGGUGCACGCCGUGCCCUCUCUUUACCUCCUCCUCCCACUCAACAUGUCCACUAAGGAGUCUACUCUCGCCCCAGUCAUCGCUAACAAGAAGGACGUCGACGAGGGUGUAGCGGAGGCGAGGCCCAUCACGAUGGCGCGGGUUUUGCUAGGACAAGGUGGAUAUAUAAAGGAGCACUUCGACACCGCGCGCAAAGUCUGGGGCUCUGCCUCGGCCAGCCUGUGGGCGGCAACGAGUAAGGAGCGCUGUCUGCACAUGCGGAGCUACCUGCGCAACCUGAAGGUUAGCGACGCCGCGGAGGCUGGCGCUGGCGUGGGCCCAUACGCUGCUGGCGCUACAAAAUUUGUGGAGGAUACGACGUUUCACAUGGUCGAUAUCGCCAACGCAUUUUUAGAAACUCUCUACCACGAAGUGGCGUUGAUAGGCCUCGAGUCCGCUGCGCGGCGCCGCGCUCUUCUUCAGUUUCUCCGGGUGGUGCAACAGCGGUUGCCUGGACUUGGCGCGGAUGUGUUGCUGUAUUCCAUGGCUGCCAACCGCAGUGUAGAUAACAUGCAGUACAGCGUAGACGAUUUUGCUUCUGUCUCUGUGGCCGACUGGCAAAAGCUCGUUUUGUCCGCCGGUAUCCCAUACCAGGGGACGCCGCGGCAUCUGCGCUGGCAAACAUGCAAGGGGUCCUCGUGGCGCUACCGUGGGUUUCCGUGUGGCAUGUGGUUGCUCUACCACGCGCUGACAGUGAAUGUGGUGCACGCGGACGCUGACAGCAACAACGCCGAGGUGCUGUUCAUCAUUCUCGACUACGCGCGAAACUUCUUCUCUUGUGAUGCCUGCCGCACUCAUUUCCUUCGCUUUCAGCCAGAGAAGGACAAGGACCCGGUGCUGCAGCUAUGGCGCUUCCACAACGAGGUGAACCGACGUCUAGCCGAGGUGAAGGAGGGGGCAGAUCCGCUGGUGCGAAAGCGGAUCUUCCCGGACCCAAGGCUGUGCCCUGCAUGUUAUCGUGAUGCCGUCACCAGCAAUGACGAGGAACGCUUUGUGGUGACGGAGGUAUCCAAGUACCUGCGAUCCCACUACAAGUGGGUCCCCACAGCGCUGUACGAGACGACCGGCACGGAGACGCUCCCCCUCACAAGGAGAGCGGCGAACCAUCAUGGGGAGGCUAUCACAGCGUACCGUGACUCUCUCAGCAUGAACGCGUUUCUGACCAUCGUUUUCCCCGCCACGGUAGUCGUGUUGGGUAUGAUUUACGUGUUGCGACGUGCCCGCACGUCUGGCACGAAGCGACGCCGUCCCAUUCUGCCCCUUCGAGCUCAAGUCUAG